UUUAUUUCAAUAACUUGAUGGAAAUCUAUAAUGCAUGACCUUGGUCCAUGUUUUUUUAGUUCUAUCUUGCACCCUUGCCAUACUUUUUGUGUCGUUUUCAACUGUAGUAGGUUUUAUAAUUGCAGGCAUUGACUUAGGAAGUCCAGCACUAGAUGUUAACCCAGCUCCCCUUUAUGGGCACUCAUCUGUCCAUGGUUCAAAAGAUGUUAUAUCAUGUGACCGAAUUCGAGUUUCUGGUCACUCAAGAUUGAUGCUCAGGAGUUAUGCCAGUUCCGUUCGAGUUACUUUAGCUCCAUCUGUCCUAAUACCAGAAAGAUUACACAGCAAAAUACAUGUUUGCUUUCAUCGGAAUGCUUCACUUGGAUUAUGCAAGUGUGAGCAUGAAAAUUGGAAGGCGGUGGAAAAGGGUAUAUGGCUCUCUGUCAUGUCACCUUAUGAUGAUAGAUUUAUAGAUGUGAAGUUUAUAGGUGAUGUGUCUGGCUCUGUCACGGUUGCUCUUGAAGAAGAUUUUCAGCGAUGGCGGCUUGUGUUUCUAGCUUUAGGAUUUGUUUUGUUGCUCUUGGCACCAUUUGCCAGCAAGUGGGUUCCUUUUUACUACAGUAGUUCAAUGGCUAUUGGAAUUAUUCUUGUCAUUAUAAUCCUUCUCUUCCAGGGAAUGAAAUUGUUGCCAACAGGGAGGAAAAAUAUCUUCUAUCUUGGUAUAUAUGUUCCAGUGCUUGGAGCUGGAUCUUUUCUUUUACAUCAUUUCUCUGGGUUGGUAAAUUCGAUUCUUGUCAAUUUUGGGCUUAGUGAAGAGAUGCAUAACCCAGUUGCUAUAUUUGUUUUGGUUGUAAUUAUCCUAUUAGGAGCUGCAUUGGGGUACUGGAUGGUAAGAAAAUUCGUGAUCUCAAAUGAUGGAAGCGUUGAUGUUGGUGUUGCCCAGUUUGUAAAAUGGGCCAUGCGUAUCGUUGCAGCUACAUUUAUUUUCCAGAGCACUCUAGAUACUCGGCUGGCAGUGGUGGUAUUGGCUUCUUCUUCUGCUAUCUGUUCUCUCAUCACAUCAACUAGAAGGAAUACUCACAUGAACCAACCACGGUCUUGGGACGAGGGUCCUUGGGUGCACCGGUCAAGGCCGGGAAUAAUAAACCAAGGCCGUGCUGAAUUUUUUGAUAGGUCUCCAAGAAUGUAUCCUAAUAGGACAUUGUGGAAUGGACAUACUCCACUGACUUCACUAACAUGGAAUAAAUUUCCUGCAAGAGGCGGCAUAAGUGAUCAAAAUUACUAUUCUAGCUUUCACAAGACACGUAACCGAAAGAAAUUUACGAAACAAGAAUGGAAAGAUUUCACUCGCGAGUCUACCCGGCACGCCAUUGCAGAUUUGGCGGCAACCCCAGAGUUCACUGAUUGGAUGAUUGAACAUGCUGACAGGAUUAAACUCCUUCCGUGUGAUAGUUCAGAAGAAUCAGUUGGAAGCAAAUCAAAUUCGUCCGAUUAUGAUGAAGAAGGAAGCUCCAGCCGAUUUAGAUUAUUUAACUUGUAGCCUCCUAUACGAAAAUGGUUAUCUUUGAAAAUUUAGCCCCAGAUAUAGGAAUCAUGUUACUCAAAUUCAAGUGUGAAUGUUGGAUACAGAUAUUUGUUGUCGGAGAGUCAGGUCCUGAUAAUUAAGUCCAGAUAUGCGUUGAACACAGAUAAUUGAAGAGUCGGAGUAAUUCCAGAUAACAUGUUUAUUUUACAAGUAAAUUGCUGGCCUCAUGUCCAAUGUUUGGGGAAAAAUACUAUUCUAACCAUUUGAUAGGCUGUAGAAAAUCCAGUAUACUAUUCUGCAUAUUGUACAGAUGACGCUGACAAAAGAUAUUAUUUUAGUAUUUUACAUAUGAAAAAAUAAAUUCCUAUUUUUCAUAAAA